AUGGGCAAAAAAUUGGUAGAAUGCUCAAAAAUGAAAAAUCCGCAAGAAUGCAAAUUUCUGACAGAUCCGGCGUUCAAUGACAACAUUUACAGCCUUUAUCAGUUGGACUCAUUUGGAAAACUCCCUGGUGAUAUUUUAGGGAUGAACAAGAUUUGGAUGGGAGAUUAUGAUGAAUGCAUGGAUGUUGGUAAUCCAAAAGAUCCAGAUUACAAAACGCAAUUCUGUUGGGCUCAUCUCAAUGUUCCACUAGGGUCAGUAUUGAAGUCGAAAACUCCAACAAAAUCUGUCGGAUCAACAUGUGGCGAAGGAAAACCGGCAGAUAUAAAGACAAAUGUGUGCAUGCCUAGGUCGUGUUCGGAAAAUGAUCUCUUAGCGAUUUUGAACAAUAUUCCACAUAAGUUGGCUAUGAAAGGGUUCAAGUCGGUGUGUGAAGUUACUUGCAGACCAACAUCUUUCAAUUUUGAUUUGCCGUUUUGGUGCAUGACAAUUGUUCUGACAAUUGUGCUGUCUUUGUGCGUUUCCGCGACCCUCUUCGAUCAAUAUAUCCAAAAAAGAUUUGGCGAAGCGCACCCAAAAAAAUUGCGAUAUUGGCUGGCGUUCUCGUUUCUCACAAAUGGCCAAAAUUUGCUGCGGACGUCGAGAAAUCCGAACGUUCUAAAAGGAGUUGAAUGUAUACGAUUUCUAUCAUUCACUUGGGUUGUUUCCGGUCAUUUAUGGGGAUAUUUCGGAUUUGCUGACAACCCGUUGGCAGUCGUUGAUAUUUUCUCAUCGAUCGAGUAUGAGGUUUGGAUCAACGCAUUCUUCUCCGUCGACACAUUCUUCUUCCUAUCAGGCCUAAUGCUCGCUUAUUCAUUUCUUCCCAAACUGACAUUGCGAAAAGCGAUGAAUCCCAACACCUGGUUGAUAUUCUACGUUCACCGAUUUCUUCGUCUCACACCGGCCUAUAUCUCGUUCAUUUUCUUCUAUGCCACCUAUGGCUUAUUGAGCGAUUUUGGGCCGAACGGCCUUUCAAAGGUCCAAGACAUGAAGAAUUGCCGAACACUGUGGUGGAAGAACAUUCUCUACGUGAACAAUCUGAUCGAACCGAGAAGAACUUGCCUAUCUGUCACCUGGUAUAUGGCGACCGAUACUCAAAUGUACCUCCUCUCCCCAUUGUUCCUUAUUCCAUUUCUUUUCGGAACAACGUUUGGCUUCUUAGCGAUAUUAAUCGGUCUCGUUCUUUCGACGGCUAUCACUUAUUAUUUGUUCUUCCGUUAUGAUCUACCACCAACGCUUCUUCGCGUUUACAUGACUGGAAACAUAGAGCUCAUUCAUCAGCUUCAAGAUUUCGUCUAUGCCGCCUCGUAUGUUCGAAUUCCGCCAUUCUUGAUUGGCAUCGGCAUGGGAUAUGUGAUGUGGAAGACGCGCAAUGUGAAAAUUCGCAUGAAUCUUUUCGUCUCGACACUUUUCUGGUGUAUCUCAACGAUUAUUUGCACUUCAUCCAUAUUUAGUCUGCAUUGGUUCAAUAGGGGUGAUGAAUGGACCACAUUUCAAAGAGCAACCUACUACGCGUUUAGCAGAUUAUUAUGGUCCGUUGGUCUAUCGUGGCUCGUUUUCGCUAUCAAUCGUGGACAAUCAGGCCUUAUUGGGAAGUUUAUGUCGCUGAACUUUUGGAAUCCUCUUGGAAAGUUGGCAUUUUGUGGAUAUCUAUGCCAUAUAAUGAUAAUUGGCACAUUUUUGAAUAUGCAGAAGGCGCCGCUGCAUUUUAGUGGAGCAUUUCAGACGUACUUCUCCAAUUUGGUGCCAAUUGUAUUCAUGACAACCCUUUUCGCACUUUUUUGGUCCUUGAUGUUCGAAAUGCCGUUCGCGAGACUUGAAGGAUACUUUCUUCAACAACUCAUGGGAGUUCCGAGAAGAAACGAAAAGGAUGAAAAGCAAAUCGUUGAAUGCACAAAGAUUUAA